GAGCUGCAUUCAAGCUUCCUCUGUUCUCUAACUUGAAGAGCAGGAGAAGUGAAGUGACUCCUCCUCUUGCCUUAAAGAUGCUGGUCAUCACCAUUGUGAACCCUUUUGCUACAGCAGCUGGCCUCUUAGGUAACAUCAUAUCAUUUCUGGUGGUUUUGGCCCCUGUGCCAACAUUUUACAGGAUCUACAAGAAGAAAUCAACAGAGUCAUUUGAUUCAGUGCCAUAUGUGGUGGCCUUGUUCAGUGCCAUGCUGUGGGUUUUCUAUGGGCUCCUCACUCUAGAUGUGCUGCUGCUCACCAUCAACACUGGAGCUUGCAUAAUUGAAAUGAUCUAUCUCACAAUAUACCUAAUCUAUGCUUCCAAGAAACCCAGGGCUUUCACACUGAAGUUAAUAUCCUUGGUCAAUGUGGGGAUCUAUGGAUCUUUAGUCCUCUUCACCACCCUAUUUGUCAAGGGAAAAAGGCGAAUCGAUGUUACUGGAUGGAUAUGUGCCUCCUUUGCAGUCAGCGUAUUCGCGGCUCCUCUGAGCAUUAUAAGGCUGGUGAUACGAACUAAAAGCGUGGAGUACAUGCCAUUCUCACUCUCCUUCUUCCUCACGCUAUCUGCAGUUGCAUGGUUCAGCUACGGAAUUCUUCUGGGCGAUCUAUUCGUAGCACUUCCAAACGUUGUGGGCUUCAUGUUCGGCAUCGCCCAAAUCAUCAUCUACUUCAUGUACGUCAACUCUAAGAAGGCCGAAACAAAGCCAAAACUCAACGCAGAGGCCAUGCCUGCAGCAGCAACACUGGACUCUGUCGUUGAACUCCCGGAGAAGAAGGGCGUUCCACAGCCGGUGGUCUGCGAGUUCACAUCGGUGAUUGAAGUGUAGCGUUACGGGAGAUUAUGUAGUUUAUUUCCAUUGGCAGACGCAUUUCAUAUAUUUGUGUCUCUUUGUCUACUGGGUAGAAUAAAAGAUCUAUCUACGUGGUAUUGUCGUAGCUUUGAAUUC